AUGGAUUCGGGGAGCCACAGGAGUCUGGAGAAUGCCGGGAACGGGACCUGCCGUGAUCAGCUGGCUCCGAAGACGAACAUAAGCAAGAAAAUGGUGCCCGUCCAUGCUCUGGACAUGCCCCAGGAAAUGAAGAAAAGCUGCCCCUUUGAGAAGCAGGGGGAGAUGGGGAGUGAGAGGGUCAAGAUGACAAAGACCUUGAAAGAAAAGCAGAGCAGCGAGCUGGACAGAGCCGGGCUCAAGAGGAGGACGGACAGUGAGGAAAAGCCUCCGCCGCUGAAGAGAGAGGCCCGGCUCACCGAGCUGGAGAGCCAGCUGAUGACUUUGCCUCUGCCUCACAUCCCUCUAAAGAACAUAAUGGAUGUGGAGAUGAAGCUGGUCUACAUCGACGAGGAAGACGUCACCUACGAGUUUGUGGAGUCACUGGUGCCCACCGACUCGCCGGCCACCUGUCAGGCGGCUGAGAUGGUGGACUCUCUGAACGCGCCUCAUUUCAGCUUUCUGCCCCAGAUUGACAAAUGGCUCCAGGUCGCCCUAAAGGAUGCCAGCACCUGCUACAGGCAGAAGAAAUAUGCCGUUGCAGCCGGGCAGUUCAGAACAGCCCUUGAGCUUUGCAGUAAAGGAGCAGCUCUGGGAAAACCUUUUGAAGCAUCUGCUGAAGAUAUUUCAAGUGUUGCUAGUUUUAUUGAGACAAAGCUUGUCACCUGUUACCUACGGAUGAGAAAACCCGACCUUGCCUUGAAUCAUGCUCACAGGAGCAUUGUUUUAAAUCCAGCCUAUUUCCGGAAUCAUCUUCGUCAGGCAACAGUGUUUAGAUGUCUGGGGAGAUAUUCGGAAGCAGCCCGGAGUGCCAUGAUCGCUAACUAUAUGUACUGGCUAUCAGGAGGAAGUGAGCAAUAUGUCAGCAAACUCAUCAGGUUGUACUGGCAGGCAAUGAUAGAAGAAGCCCUCACCAGAGCAGAAUCCUUCUCUGUCAUGUACACACCAUUUGCAACAAAAGUGAGGGCCGACAAAAUCGAGAAAGUGAAGGAGGUUUUCACAAAAAUGCACCCCGCAUAUGUGGAGUAUAUGUACACAGACCUUCAAGGAUUUCAUGUGCUGCCUCAGACAGUUGACUGGUCAUCAUUCCCUCCCCAACAAUAUUUGCUGACACUUGGGUUCAAAAACAAAGAAGAUGGAAAAUUUUUGGAAAAAAUGUCAAGUAGGAAGCUGCCCACAUUUACAGAGCACAAAACCCCCUUCAGUCCGUUGACCAGGGAAGAUGCGACGAGACACAUGGAGACUAUGGGGAAGAGAAUCCUGCCAAUAUUGGAUGUCAUCCGAAGCACUAAAUUAAAUGGGAGUUUCCGGGCAUGCCCUGGUGUGAUUGAGAAGCUGCAGUACGCCAGCCUCCUCAGCAGACUGCAGAGAGUCAAGGAGCAGUCCCAAGUGAUUAACCAAGCAAUGGCUGACCUGGCCACCAUCCCCUAUCUCCAAGACAUCAGUCAGCAGGAUGCUGAGUUGCUGCAAUCGCUAAUGUCAGAUGCUAUGGACACCCUUGAAGGAAGAAGGAAUGGUAAAGAACGGGUGUGGAAUAAAAUACAGAAGGUUGGGCUAAUUGAAGACUUUCUAUACCAAUUAGAGGAUAGUUUCUUAAAAACCAAAAAACUGAGAACAGCCAGGAGGCAGAAAAUGAAAAUGAAACGGCUUCAGAGUGUACAGCAGUGCUAGUCACUGGAGACACGGAGCCCCCUCCUUCCCCUCACCCCAACCCACCAACCACGACAUCCCCAAGGAAAAGGUGCAGACAUCCAGGCAGUUGGAAUUUGGCAGCUGGGA